AAACGGUCGAAUUAAACCUGUAUUGAAGCGAAAAAAACUACAAUACCCAAAACCCCUCCCAAUUUUGGUACGUCGAGUCUUACGGCACCCAGCAGGUAAAAUAAAACUGCACCCAGGGUUGGCAGAGUAAUGGUUUGGGGUUGUCAUUAACCCAAGGCAAGGACGAGGACAACAUGGGAGACAGAAGCUGCAGUAAAGCUGGUCACCUGUCAGACCCACAGCUUUUUGACCUAUAUUUUGAGAAGCUGCUGUGUGAGUUGACAGAGCAGGAUUUCACAGACCUGGUACUUGCUGAUGCAGUGAACAGACUUAGAGAGGUACUGCGGUACAAUGCCACAGGAGGCAAGAGGAACCGUGGCUUGUCUGUGAUUGGCUCACUUCGUGAGUUGAUUCCACCCUCCAAGUUGUCACCUGAAGAUGUGGAAAAUGCCCUGUUGGUUGGAUGGUGCAUUGAACUGCUCCAAGCUUUCUUCCUGGUAGCAGAUGAUAUUAUGGAUGCAUCUUCAACACGAAGAGGUCAGCCAUGCUGGUAUAAAAAGGAAGGUAUUGGCCUGGACGCUAUUAAUGAUGCUUUCCUCCUGGAGGGGUCCAUCUACCGCCUUCUGCGAAAGCAUUGCAGAGGGCAGCCCUACUACGUCCAUUUACUGGAGCUUUUUACUGAGACAUCGUUCCAGACAGAGCUGGGCCAAGCCCUCGACCUGAUGACUGCACCCCCAAACAAGAUCGACUUAAACCGUUUUACCAUGGACAGGUAUAAAGCUAUAGUGAAAUACAAGACUGCAUUCUACUCGUUUUAUCUCCCAGUGGCAGCAGCCAUGUACAUGGCAGGAAUUGACAGUGAAGUGGAACACAACAAUGCUAAACUCAUCUUGCUUGAGAUGGGCGAGUUCUUUCAGAUUCAGGAUGAUUAUUUGGAUUGUUAUGGUGACCCUGCAGUAACAGGCAAGAUUGGCACUGACAUUCAGGACAAUAAGUGCAGCUGGCUUGUGGUGACAGCACUGAGAGUGAUGACUCCUGAGCAGAGGGUGGAGCUAGAGGCAUGCUAUGGCCGGAGUGAUGCUGAGAGUGUAGAGCGGGUGAAGGCACUGUACGACACGCUGGACAUGCCCCUCAGAUACCACCAGUACGAGGAAGAGAGCUACCUGCGACUCCAAAAGCUCAUCCAGGGUCACGCUCAAAACCUUCCCCACGCUGUUUUUCUGAACUUUGCGAAGAAAAUCUAUAAGCGGAACAAAUGAGACUUUUUUUUUUUUUUGCAAAAGUAUAAAAAAGUAUGUAAAAUAUGUUUAGUGCAACACAGCACUAAAAAAGGAAAGCAAUGAUAUAUUUCUAGUUAGAAAUACGCUGGAAUGACAUUAAACCUGCCAGUUGUUAUCAGCUCUGAUAGCUAAAAUGUUACAGUGUAACAACACUUGUACAUUAUACAAACCAAAAAUAAAUGAAUUUUAUUUUUAUAUAAUUAUAGUUGUUCAGAAGGGGUUACAGCCGUCGUGUGCAAACGGAGUUGAGUGUAGUUCAGUUCACCGGGCAGUGAUUGGUACCGAUCUGACCUGUCACUCUUUUCUCCACAGUGGCUUCUUUAUUUGGCUCUGAGUGCAUUGUUUAAAGAAUCAAAUAUCGCCCAUUUUCUGAACUCAACUUAGAAAUCCCCAAAAUGUUCACCAGACCCACCAGAAGUGAAAUAGAGCUUUCUGCUUAGAACUGUUUAAAGAUUUUGAAAUGACUUACUGUAAAAAAAAAAAAAGAAUAAGAAUAGUUUAAUUUAUAAUAUACAAGUGAAAUAUGUUGCCAAUCCCAGCCACUUUUAAGAUGGAUAUCAAUAAAACAGGAUUAUAUAUAAAAA